GACUGGGCGCCAUUUUGCCGCGCUGUCUUCCUGUGCGCGAGAGCGUUGUGUUUGGGCUCCGCGCGCCGCCGUUGGAGCCAAUCAGCGGUGAUAAUAGCGGGAGGACGUGUAGUGUUGAGCCUAGUUUCUGAAUAGACUCUGAGCAUGGAGCAGUUUGCCGAGUCGACGAGCGGCGGAGAGCAGAUCGUGGUGCAGGCGUCCAGUGGAGCGGUGCAGCAGCAGAGCACAGUGACUGCAGUGCAGCUGCAGGCCGACGGCCAGGUGGAUGCGGGUGCGGGCCAGCAGGUUCAGACUCUCCAGGUAGUUGAAGGGCAGCCUUUAAUGGUGCAGGUCAGUGGGGGUCAGCUCAUCACCCCUUCCGGGCAGCCCAUAAUGGUACAGGCCAUGCCGGGAGGACAGGCGCAGACGAUCAUGCAGCUACCGGUGACGGGCUCGCAGGGUCUUCAGCAGAUCCAGCUCGUGCAGCCGGGACAGAUUCAGCUCUCAGGAGGUCAAACGCUGCAGGUACAAACAGCACAGGGACAAACUCAGCAGAUCAUCAUCCAGCAGCCGCAGACUGCAGUGACCGCAGGACAGAACCAGCCUCAGCAGAUCACAGUGCAGGGUCAGCAGGCUCAGACGGCGGAGGGUCAGACCAUCCUGUACCAGCCGGUCAACGCUGACGGAACCAUCCUCCAGCAGGGCGUGAUCACUAUUCCGGCUGCCAGUUUAGCAGGAGGUCAGAUCAUCCAGACGGGUUCAAACGCGAGCGGCACCGGGGGUCAGGGCACCGUGACUGUCGCCGUUCCCGUCACAGGAAACAUGGUCAACGCUGGAGGAAUGGUCAUGAUGGUCCAAAGCGGCGGCUCUGUCCCGACCAUGCAGCGGAUCCCUCUCCCCGGAACUGAGAUGCUGGAGGAGGAGCCGCUCUACGUCAACCCCAAGCAGUACCACCGCAUUCUGAAGAGACGCCAGGCCCGCGCCAAGCUGGAGGCCGAGGGCAAGAUCCCCAAAAGGAGGAGGGUAAACGUUAAACCCCGUGUGGGGAUAGUGACAGCCCGGACCAGUUUACUGAAAGAUGAGGAAACGAAAGUGUAGACUUUUUUUCAAAUUAAUUGGUUCCAGCCACUGGACAGGAGGCAGUUGGAGGAUUUUUGUGACGAUGGUUUUCUUUUUGGACGCCUCUUUAUUUUCCUCUUUGUGUGUUUCUUCUUCGGCAGACUACUUCACUGGUUGUAGUUUGACAGUUUGUUUUCUAGCAAGUCUGAUUUUUGAGAAAUUUUCAUUCCUUUAAGACUUAAGGAUUGUAAUGGUUAUGGUGUAGGGUUUCACUUUACUGCAAAUAUUAGUAAUAACAUGAGAUCACAGAGCUUAAAGGACUAGUUCAACCUAACUUGUGAUUACAACAAAUACAAAUUUCUAAAUGUUUCCCUGUACUGAGAAAAGAACUCAAAGUUUCAGCGUAAAGGUGUAAAGAUUAAAUAAAUAUAAAGAACGUAGUUCUGGUCGCAUUACGUCUUCCUGUAUCCAUGUGGCAUGAGACUCUCAGAACUAGCUCUGAUCGUAUUCUAAUUCUUCCUUCUCUUAAAGGACUGAAUAAUUCCUGCCUAAAUCUUUAUUGACACACCAGCAACUGCCCUUAGACUUCCAUUUAUAAGUGAGUUUGGCAUAAACAAGCUUUCUGUUACUUUCUCGGUGCAGGGGUGGGGGAUUCAGUGAAAAACCCUGAAUUAUUUUGUUAAAUGCAAACUGUUAUAGGGACAGAGACAAAAAAAAUAUAAUAUAAGCUUGUGAGGACCUUAGACUUGGGAUUGACACACCAGUGCCAUUUUUAUACAUGUAUUUCUUUUUUAUAUAUAAGAAUUCAGCCUGAGUAAUUAAAGCAGUAUUGCAAAGCAAUAACAGUUCAUUAAGCUAAAAUUUUUAAAUAUUUUUUGUAUGAUUUUGUAUUAAGUAAUACACUAGGCGAAAUGAAUGAUAAGGGAGUUUGAGAACGUAUGUUUUUACUACGCAAAGGUAUAAUUACUUUUCAUAGCAAUAAUUUAUCGAAUGACUAUUUGUCUAAUCUUAACUACGACACGGUGUGUGAUGUGUAAACCCGACAGUAUUGGGCAACAAUGCAAUGUAUGUAUGUAAGUAAUUAGCUCGAUAAAGGGCCACUUUUAUUUCAGAUUUUAUGCCAGUCGGGAAAUAAAACCCACAAGGCCAGUCGGUGUAAGACUACGAUCGAUUUGAGUGCACAGAUUUGUCAGGAGGGCGUCUGCCCAAAUAAGAUGUGAAUACAGUACUUUUUAUGUACUGAUUUUUAAUAAUGCACGUCUCAGGGGCCCCUGGUUUUCACCUUCAGCUUCAAAAUGUGAUGAGAAAAACCUUGAGUGAGUUUCGGUGUUUGAUCGCUGGACGGAUUUGUCAGUAUUCGGUAUUUUUAAUGCUACUGGGGUAAUUCAGAGAAUUUACAGCAUCUGUCUUUGAAUGUAAGGGGAAUAAACACGACGUUGUAAUUCCAGUGCUGUAAAUAAGAUAUGUACAGAUAAGCUACUGUUCGUAACUACAUUUCAUAUGUCUGACGUCUCAAUCCAAGUCUCGGAAACCCAUUCAAAAUGUAAAGCCUUGAUUGAGAAGAUUUUGUUGUCUUUAUUUGUUGUUGGUUGUUGUCCCCCCUCACCCCCCCAGUCAGAAUAAAGAAUUUAAAACACCUA